AUGUGGAAUCUUGAAUGUGAUUGGUACUCUCCCAAGAGCCUCCUCAGCCCUCCCACUCAUUAUGAUUUUCCAGGUGAUCGGUUCAUACCCAAUAGGAGUUUGAUGGAUCUUGAUCAAGCCCAGAGUUUGCUCACAAACAGGACCAAAAAAUUUCAGAAUAGACAAUUUGAUGAAGUGUACAGACAGAUAGUGGAUGAGAAACUGAGUUUGGAUUCAGAAGGAAAGCCAUUUAAGAUGUUAGUCUUUAGGGGAAGUCCAAAAUCAAGCAGAAAAUCCAUUCGUUAUAUCGAUGAGAUGCGAGAGGAAGAGGCAGCGACAUUUCAAAACACUAGCAAUCAACGUCACUAUCGUAGAAUGCCUAAGGGAGAAGCAAGGAUGUUGGAUGCACCAAAUAUUAGAAAUGAUUUCUACACAAAUAUUAUAGAUUGGGGGAAAAACAACAUUCUUGCUGUUGCUUUGGCCUCAGACAUGUACCUUUGGAACUCUGAGAAUAGUAAUGUAUUCAAGUUGUUUAAGGUCACUGACAAUGAUUUUCCUGCUAGUGUUGCCUGGUCAGAGGAUGCAAAAUUUUUGGCAGUAGGAUUUAAGCAGUCUAAACUUCAACUCUGGGAUGCUGAAACUUCCAAGCCAAUAAGGAUCCUGAAAGGUCAUGAUCAAAGGAUAGCAACCAUUGCAUGGAAUGGUCAUAUUUUAACUUCUGGAAGCCAUGACAAAUAUAUAAUCAACCAUGAUGUUAGAGCAAGAAGAAAUGCGGUUUGCCAGGUAAAAGCACACAGAGCAGAAGUUUGUGGAUUAAAGUGGUCAAGAAGGGGCAAUAUAUUGGCUAGUGGUGGAAAUGAAAAUCACAUUUAUGUAUGGGACUUAGCUAAAAUGAGCUCAUCCAAUUUCUUGCACUGUUUUAAGGAUCAUUGUGCUGCAGUCAAGGCACUUGCCUGGUGCCCUUAUGAUUCAAGUGUACUUGCUUCUGGAGGUGGCACAGAAGAUAAAUGUAUUAAGAUAUGGAAUGUCCAGAAGGGAUCCUGCAUUUGCAGCAUAGAUACCAAAGCUCAGGUUUGUGGAUUAGAGUGGAAUAGACAUCACAAGGAGCUAUUAAGUGGUCAUGGCUUUAGUACAAGUUCACUUCACAACCAACUUUGUUUGUGGAGAUAUCCAUCCAUGACUAAAGUGGGAGGCUUGGACCGUCAUGCUUCCAGAGUCCUCCAUCUGAGUCAGAGUCCAGAUGGGUUGACAGUGGUGUCAGCAGGUGCAGAUGAGACUCUUCGCUUCUGGGAUGUUUUUGGGCCACCUGUUUCUGAUACUUCGGAGAUCUCAGGUCUAGAUAACCUCUUGUCUCUGAAGAUAUCCCCAAUAAGAUGA